CCCUUGCAGUCCUCAGCCGGUCGAUCGGUUGUCUCGGCUUCUCGUCACACUGUAUCCUGGCUCUGAUUAGUCGAAGUUUCUGGGCGUUCCCCUCCUGCAGCCGGGUGUGCGGUGUGCUACCGGCGCCGACAUGGCGGUCCUUGGUGUGCAGCUGGUGGUGACCCUGUUCACUGCCACCCUCAUGCACCGGCUGGCCCCACACUGCUCCUUCGCGCGGUGGCUGCUUUGCAAUGGCAGUCUGUUCCGGUACAAGCACCCUACUGAGGAGGAACUUCGAGCUCUGGCAGGGAAACCGAGGCCCAGAGGCAGGAAGGAUCGGUGGGCCAAUGGCCUUAGUGACGGGAAACCAUUGUCAGUCCCCCGAGAUGCCCCUUUCCAGCUGGAGACCUGUCCCCUCACCGCUCUGGAUGCUCUAGUCCUGCGCUUCUUCCUGGAGUACCAGUGGUUCGUGGACUUUGCGUUGUACUCGGGAGGUGUGUUCCUUUUCACCGAGGCCUACUACUAUGUGCUGGGCCCCACUAAGGAGGUCAACAUUGCUGUGUUCUGGUGCCUGCUCACUGUGGUCUUCUCCUUUAAGGUGUUUCUGACUGUGACCCAGCUGUACUUCAGUGCCAAGGAGGGCGGUGAGCGCUCUGUGUGCCUUACCUUCGCUUUUAUCUUCCUCCUCCUGGCCAUGUUGGUGCAAGUGGUUCGUGAAGAGACCCUGGAGCUGGGCCUGGAGCCAGGCCUGGCCAGCAUGACCCAGAACCUGGAGCCCAUUCUGAAGAAGCAGGGCUGGGACUGGGCACUCCCCGUGGCCAAGCUGACUAUCCGAGUGGGGCUGGCUGUGGUGGGUUCCAUGCUAGGUGCUUUCCUCACCUUCCCUGGCCUGCGGCUGGCCCAGACCCACCGGGACGCGCUGACCCUGUCUGAAGACCGGCCUCUGUUGCAGCUGCUCCUGCACACAAGCUUCUUGUCCCCCCUGUGCAUCCUGUGGCUCUGGACCAAGCCUGUGGCCCGGGACUUCCUGCACCAGGCACCCAUGGGGGUCGAGACCUACUCUCUGCUGUCGGACGAGGCCUUCGACUCGCUGCGCCUCUGGGUGUUGGUGGCACUGUGUCUGCUGCGGUUGGCCGUGACCCGGCCGCACCUGCAGGCCUACCUGUGCCUGGCCAAGGCGCGCGUGGAGCAGCUGCGCAAGGAGGCGGGCCGCAUUGAGGCCUGCGAGAUCCAGCAGCGGGUGGUCCGGGUCUACUGCUACGUGACGGUGGUGAGCCUGCAGUACCUGACGCCGCUCAUCCUCACGCUGCACUGCACGCUGCUGCUCAAGACGCUGGGCGGCUACUCCUGGGGCCUGGGUCAGGCCCCUUCCGCACUCAUGUCGACCCCAUCCUCAGCCAAUGCUGUCUCUGUAGGCCCUGGGGAGGAUGAAGCCCAGCAGACAGCGGCCCAGCUCGCAGGGGCCCUGGGCGGUCUGCUAGCACCCCUCUUCCUCCGCAGCGUGCUGGCCUACCUCAUCUGGUGGACUGCAGUCUGCCAGCUGCUCUCCAGUCUCUUCGGCUUGUACUUCCACCAGCACCUGGCAGGCUCCUAGACCAUGACACUCCCGGGGCCCUGGAGUCUGGUCCCUGCCCACCAAGAGGUGCCUGCCCUGGGCAUGUGUGCCUCAGUGUCCCCAGCUGACCUGGGUGGCAGGACUCCUUGCCAUCCCUUUCACUGAAUGUCUGGGCUGUGGACCCCUUGAUGCUGGCUCCCCUGUGCCUGGAGGCCAUGGUCACAUUGUGAGUGAGUGUGCGUGUGUGCCUGUGUGUGUGUGUGUGUGUGUGUGUGUGUGUGUGUGUACACCUGCUCUCAAUAAAAGGGGCAGGCCGUUUUUUACACUUGGGAUCCCACUGGCUGAGAUGAGCUGGGAGACCUAGUUGGGGAGAAGGUCCUGGAAGAGUGGAACUCCAAGAUGCUCUGAGGUGGCUAGGAGAGAGUUAGGGGCAGGACUCAGGGAGAACUCACCUAACACAGGGAGGCCCUGGGAUCCUUCCCUAGCAUCAGGAGGCAGGGAGAAUCACCACACUGGUUUCCCCAGCAGCACACUCAAGAGGCUGAGGCAGGGAUUUUGAGUUGGAGGCUGGCCUGGGCUAAUAACAAGACUGUGUGUUAAAAAACAAAACAAACAGCAAAUGAGAGAGUCCCAGCUGGGAGGAAGGUGAAGAGACAGGAGAAAAAUUGUCCCCUGUGCCACAGCUGUGAGGGUGAUUGCUGUCGUGUUGUGAGGCCUUGGUACUCGUGACCACUGGCUCUAGACUGAGGUAGGAUCCCCAGGGUGUGUGGCACAUGUGUAUUUAUAUAAGAUAAUGUGAGUUGUGUGACCUGUAUAUGCAAAAUAUAUACUGAGAAUAAAAAAAGUGGAGUGCUGGC